AUGGACCAGUUUGUUCUUUUUGGAGACAGUAUCACACAACAGGCCUGUUGUCAAGACCUGGGCUUCGCGUUCGCAGCUGCUUUAGCAGACACCUACAUUCGAACCUUGGACGUUGUCAAUCGUGGCCUCUCGGGGUACAACUCGCGACAAGCACUACAGAUUGUUCCUCGAGCCCUUCCGAGUCCGUCGCAAGCUCGAGUACGCUUUCUCGCCAUCUUCUUUGGAGCCAACGACGCCCGACUGCCAGACACACCGGGAGGCCCACAGCAACAUGUUCCUCUGGACGAAUACACAGCCAACUUGAAGUCCAUCGUGAAUCAUCCGGUGGUCCUCGCUCACGAAGGAGUCAAACUCAUCCUCAUCACUCCACCGCCAGUCGACGAAAGGAUGUGUCUCGCGAACGAUAAAGCAAACGAUCCGAGCUAUCCGGAUGUCAUCAAACGGAAGGCAGACAUCACAGCGAAGUACGCCGCAGCUGUCAGAGACAUCGGUCGAGAAGAAGGCAUCAAAGUCAUCGACUUCUGGAGCGCGCUGAUUCUUCACUCCGGUGGCUCGGUGGAAGACGCCGUACCUACUGGAUCCAUGGAGCUGCCUCGCAACGUGAAACUGCAAGCCUUUCUUCGCGACGGCUUGCAUUUGAGCCCGGCUGGAUACAGGGUGCUGUUCGAUGAGCUCAUGAGUCUGAUAGGCCAGGAAUAUCCUGAAGAAAUGCCGGACAAGCUCCCCUUCGUACUCCCUCGCUGGGAUGACGAGAAGGCUUGGAGAGCUUAA